AUGUCACUUUUAAGUAAGCAUACGCGAAGGUCUAGUGCUUUGAAAAAAUCUAAAUCCAAAUCUGAAGAUUUCGAAUAUACUGCACAAGAUUUGCCAUCUUUGCGUCGAAAGCGGACAAUUGCUAUUAAACGUUUAAAUAAAGCUUUAGAAAUCGGUCAAUUGGCUAGGAGUGAUCCCUCUCAACGCGACUUAUUUUUGUCUUAUCAUCAUGACAUUAAAACCAUAGCGGCGGCUUUUGAAGACGCACAUUUCGGUAUUUUAGAGAUUUUAGAUGAUGCUUCUGACUCGGAUGCUUGUUUACAGGAGCAAUUUGAUGACACGUAUUACGAAAUUGAUUCUAUUUAUCGCGGUUUAAUUCGAAGUGACGAUGAAAAGCAAUCGAAAAGCGUUUCAUCAUCGUUAAAUGUUCGGUUACCGAAAAUAACACUUCCUAGUUUUUCUGGUAACAUCAAGCAAUGGCCGGAGUAUUUUGAUACUUUUAACGCUUUAAUUCAUAAUUCUUCUUCACUUACUGAAACAGAAAAGUUUCACUAUUUGGUGUCCUCCCUUAGCGGCGACGCAUUAUCCGUAGUUAAAGCGUUUCCUUUAACUCAUGAACAUUACACUAGUGCGUACCAAGCCUUAUGCGCUCGAUAUAAAAACAAACGCGAUCUUGCUUUUACUUGUUGGCGCGAAAUCCUUAAUAUUGAAUUUAAGUGUAAGGAUGCUAAGGAAUUUCGUAAGUCUCUCGACACUUUUGAUGAGAACUUAAGUAUCUUGAAAACAAUUAAUUUACCGGUUCAAGACUGGGAUUUCAUCAUUGUGUAUCAUAUCUUAUCAAAACUUAAUACAGAAAUGCGUCGUAGCUUUGAAGAAAAACAUUCCGAUAUCGAGUUUCCGACUUAUAAUCAAUUAAAACUAUUUUUACAAUCUAAGUGUGAGGCUUUAAUGCGGGAUACACAUUUUUUGGAAUUACCAAAAUCGAAUAGUAAGCCUUUUCAAAACACAACUAAACGCCCCAGUGUGUCACACACCUUAGUUACUGCAAACAAUGAAUCGGUUACGUCUACAACUAAUAACAACAAACCUUCGUCUUAUACUAAAAGGUGUUCGUAUUGUAAUCAAUUGCAUUCUAUUUUAUCGUGUACCGAGUUUCUAAAAAAAUCGAUAGACGAACGUAUUAAAACUGCCGAAGAAAAGAAAUGGUGUUAUAACUGUUUAAAAUCUUCUCAUCAAUUAAAGAAUUGUAAUUCUUUAUUUUCGUGCCGUACAUGUAAACGUAAACAUCACAGCCUACUCCAUCGUGACAGUACCAAUAAGCCACAACAGAGUGUGAACUCAGCAGCCUUAUACUCGAGAUCUCCUUCAAGGUCUACCGUGCUGCUUGCAACUGCUAUCGUGCAGGUUCAGGAUGCUGAUGGAAAUAUGCAAUCUUUUCGAGCGCUUUUCGAUACUGGUAGCCAAAGUAACUUUAUAACAGAGUCGGCAGUUAGACGUUUGCAUUUAGUACCCAAUCGAACUUCGGCAAGUGUUUGCGGACUCGGAGAAGCUUCUGCUCCUAUUAGCGGAGACGUCACGUGUUGUAUAGGCACACAAAAUAAAAUAUAUUUCAAAUUAAAUAUGCACGUAAUUCCGAAAAUUUGUAGCGAUCAACCAAUAGCUGAACUAAAUUCAUGCCGAUGGUCUCACAUUCAAUCAUUAACUUUAGCGGAUCCCAGUUUCGAUAUUCCCGGACCGGUUGACAUAUUGUUAGCUGCUGAUGUUUUCGCCGAAUCGCUGUUAGGUCAGCAAAUCAAGGGUAGUCAAAAUCAACCUACCGCUUUUGAAUCGUUAUUCGGUUGGCUUCUCCUUGGGAAAACUUAUUUAAAUUCUAGUGCGGCUUUACUCACAUCUUCUUUAUCGUCCAAUAUCGAUACCGAUUUAAACUCAUUAGUGCAUCGAUUCUGGGAAUUAGACGACGUACCGAAAGCGACUUCAUUGACACCAGAAGAACAACUUUGUGAGCAAAAAUUUGUAGCAGAGCACUAUCGUGAUACUUCUGGUAGAUAUGUUGUCAAAUAUCCGUUUAAAGAUGAUUCUGAACCUAUCUUUAACGGCUCUCGCGAAGUGGCACUUCGACGGUUUUAUGCGAUUGAAAAAAGACUAUCAACAGAUCAUGAAUUAUCCUCUCAAUACUGCGAAUUCAUGGCUGACUAUAUCGAGUCUAAUCACAUGUCACUUGUGCCACUUGAUCAAAUGGGUACAGGUAAAUAUUACAUCCCACAUCAUUGUGUUUUACGUCCUGACUCGACUACGACUCGUCUUCGAGUUGUGUUUGACGCGUCUGCAAAGGAUCGUAACUCUAAAUCUUUCAACGAUUCUCAAUUAAUCGGUCCGAAGUUGCAACCUGACAUUUUCAAAAUUCUUUUACAUUUUCGGGAACAUCAAAUCGUAAUCAUGGCGGAUGUCCGCCAAAUGUAUCGGCAGAUUCUGAUUUCGCCUGAACACCGCGAGUAUCAACGUAUUCUCUGGAGAUCGUCGCCUCGCGAUGAUAUUCGAGAGUAUCGUUUGAAUACGGUUACUUAUGGUGUAGCCUCAUCUCCUUAUCUCGCUUGCCGUACGUUGCGACAGCUUGCUGACGACGAGGGGGAUGCAUUUCCACUGGCGAAACAGAUCGUACUCUCGAAUGUGUACGUCGAUGAUGUUGUCUGCGGCUUUGACGAUUUUAACGUUGCUCAGGAAGCAAAGACGCAACUUAUCAAACUUUUUAACUUAGGACAUUUUCAACUUCGUAAGUGGGUUAGUAAUGAUCCAAAGCUUUUAUCUGACUUACCCAUUGAACAUCACUUACAAGGUUCAAUAUCGCUUGACCACUCGGAACCAUCACCUCUAAAGGUUCUCGGUCUUCAGUGGGACCCUUUAUCGGAUUCAUUUCUCUUUUCGGUACAACCCACACAUCAAACUUGUACUAAACGUUCAAUCCUAAGCGAAUUUGCGCGAAUUUUUGAUCCUUUAGGCUUUCUUUCACCAAUCACAAUCCAAGCUAAGUGCUUGAUCCAAAAACUUUGGAUUCUCGGUGUGAAUUGGGAUGAAACGCCGCCCAUCGAAGUUGUCCAUUCAUGGGCUUCUUAUACGGAUCAACUUCCGAAGCUAGCUCAACUUCGUAUACCGCGCAAACUUACCUGCUCGAAGUCCACAUCAUACGAACUGCACGGAUUUUGCGACAGUUCUGAAGUCGCGUAUGGUGCUGUGAUAUAUUUACGUGCCACAGAUGAAGCUGGAAACAUUCAGGUCUUCUUUGUCUGUUCCAAAGCUCGAGUAGUUCCAUUGAAGCGAAUUCCACUACCGAGACUAGAGCUUUGUGCUGCAGUCCUGUUGGCUGAUUUAUAUAAGUAUGUUCAUGAUACGUACCUUGCGCACAUUUCAAUCGAUUCUGUCUUCUUGUGGUCAGAUGCUACUAUCAUUUUGUCCUGGCUACGCUCUCACUCGUCACGCUGGACUACUUUUGUAGCAAACCGCGUGAGUCAUAUCCAGGAAAUCACUCCACCAGAAUGCUGGCACCACGUUUCCUCCAAGGACAAUCCAGCUGAUAUUUGCUCUCGCGGACUUUUCCCCAGUGAAAUUCUGAAUAAUUCCUUAUGUGGGCGGGACCAGAUUGGCUUGCAAAGGAAAAGGAUUCAUGGCCGUUGCGUGUUGUAA